GAGAGAUAUACACAGAGACAGAGCAGAGAGAGAGAGAGGAUCAUGGCUGACAUCCCUCAAUCAUUUUUGGGAUUGCUUGUGACCGUUUUGUACCUGCUAACAGGUGUCAGUGGAGAAACUCUCUCUAUGUUCUCCAGAGUGGGAGAUGAUGUCAGUCUGCCGUGUAACAAUGUGGUUUAUCCAAACUGCUCCUCUACUACAUGGAUCUAUAACAGAGAUGGAUCUACUGUUGCUAUUGAAGUGGUCACAUUGGGGAAGAUCAAAGCUGACCAGACAGACAGACUGAGUGUGGGGUCUAACUGUUCUCUACAUGUUAGUGAUGUCAGAGCUGAGGAUGUUGGACUCUACAUCUGUCAACAAUACCUUACAGAGACAGGACCACAACAUGGAGGUGAUGCUCCUGUUCAUCUGUCUGUUCUAACUAUCUCCUCUACCACAGCAGUGACAGAUCUGAAGCCUAAUGUAAAUAUGACAUUACACUGUUCUCUGCUCUACUAUAAGCAACUUGGAACGUACCAGUCAAGAUUUAGUCUCAGCUGGGUCCCUAAAACAGGUACUAAUGCCCAGGACACACAGGAUUCUUCCUGUGACAUCACUCUGACUGUGACACUCCAGAAGAAGGACAACAACAGGAAGUGGACGUGCACGCUGACUGAAAAGGGAGACGUGAAGAUCUCCAUUGACUUCACCUCCACGUUCUCAGGAAGUACAGCCUCUACUACAAGACCAGCCUUGUCAACCACCUCCCCAUCUUCUGCUGGCUCUCAGAACCUCUUCCUCGUGGUGACUGUAGGAGUGGCUUUGGCAGCAGCGGUGUGUGUCACUGCUGUUGUCAUCAUAGUACGCAGGAGGAGAGACAAGAAUCAAGUGCCAACUGAUAACAGCAUUGGUCUGAAGGCAGUAAACCACUCCACCCCACCAACCAAUGAGGACAAGAGUCAACCUGCUGACAGAAUCACCUAUGCCUCCAUUGACCACUUCAAUCAAAAUCCCCCUGAGAGAGUUGAUGCCCAAGGUGAAGAUGCAUUGAUGUAUGCCUCAGUUAUGCCCUAUUCUGGCAGAGGGAGAGAGACAGAGAACCCUGCUGACCCCAGCUCCGUCUACUCCACUGUCAAGUAACCUCAGGGAGCCAAGACAUCAACAUGAAGACUACACUCUCUCAUUCACACCCUGAUUCCAGACCUGAUUUGGUUCUAGGAAUAUAUAUUUUUGUGCUAUUAAUUAAAAGUGACAAUCUGCACUAGUUACAUCCAUUUCUGGACAUAUUAAUUAAUGAUAUGCACCCACUGACUCUAGAAAAAUAAAAUGUAGAAAUGCCUCAUGAGUUUAGUUAAACUGUCAUAACCCAUCAGAACCCAAAAUAUAUGCUUGUUUUACUCCAAUGUUUGUAAACAAAUGAAAUGUAAACAAACACAAUGUAUAGCCUCAAAAUAUGGUUUAAACUAUAAUGUUGAUAUCAUGGAUGGCCAGUCCUUGCAUCUAUAGCUCUGUCUAUGAGAGUGGUUCUCCAGCCCCGUCCCUCAGCUUUUCAGCAAAACAAUGGUGGAGAGUGUGAUUGCUUAAUGUUUCAACUGCUGAUUGCCUCUUUAAGAUGUGUAUAUUAGAUUGAUAUAGACCAAUGAGUUGGGAGACAGGAAAAGUGGAAGAGUUUGAGAGUCAGAAGGGCAUGCUUCAGAUUCAAAUUCAUGCUGACUCUGAUAGCCUAGGCUAUACAGUAAUAUACUGCAUGUGAACAUAUAAAAAAUUACUGCCCAAUGUUACACACUACUAUUCAGUGUGUACAACUUCUACUACAAGACCAGAGUGUGGCUACUUUGCAAGAAUCUCAAAUGUAAAAUAUUGUUUUGGUUACUACAUGAUUCCAUAUGUGGUAUUUUAUAGUUUUGAUGUCUUCACUAUUAUUCUACAAUGUAGAAAAUAUUCAAAAUAAGGAAAAACCCUUGAAUGAGAAGGUGUCUCCAAACUUCUGACUGGUAUUGUAUGUGAAUGAGUUUGCUAAAAUAUCUAAAAAUAGGUUUUCAUUAUGAGGUAUUGUGAGAAUAAUUUGUUGUUUUUAAUCCAUUUCUAAUUCAGGCUGUAAAAAAACAAAAUGUGGAAAAGGUCAA